AUGGAAAGCUUUCAAGUCACCUCUGUUAAAGAGGCCUUGAAAUUGCCUCAAGAUGCCAAGAUGACAAUGGCAGUACAAGUGCUGCAAGUGGAAAGUGUCCAGUCAUACACUUAUGCCCAAGACACUAAGCAGUCAUACUUUCCCUGCCUGGUUGGUGAUUCUUCAGACUGUGCGUGGCUGAGGGUGUACCAGGUGCCCAAGAUUACCCAGUUUUCAACCGGAACCAGCCUUUUUUUGAGAGGAGUUCUAAGAAAAUCCGGAGCACAGCCAUUCUGGUGUCCAGGAUCAACAAAAGUUUGUCCUUGGAUGGAUGUAAUUGUGCCAGACAAUGUAAAAGCUGCAGCGCAGCAACUUCCAAAAGAAAUGAAGACCGCAACAAGACCCUUAAAUGAGGCAAUUGCUGGGACAUCCCCUUCAACCGUAACAGGGAAAAUAACACAGGUGUCUCCUUUGAAGAGAUUCCAUGACAACACACUGAGUUCAAAGUUCCUGAGGCUGGUAGAUGAUGCUCAACAACCCCCUGUGAAAGUGGCCUUGUUUGGCAGAGAGGCUGAACAAGCAUAUUCUCCAGGAGAUGUGAUAAGGAUCACAGACACAUACCCAUACAAGAAAACAAAUUCCUUAUCAACGAAGAAAUCAGCUAAAGUUGAGUUCCUCCCCCAGGAACAUAUCCCCAUUGACGUUACAAAAAUCCCAUCUACUGAUGAUGCUGAUUUUAAAGCAGAUGAAACAACCGUUGAGGCAAUCACUGUCAUUGCUGCCCAGAGUGCGUACUCAUACCAGGCAUGUGACAAGCCAAUUUGCAGAAACAAGAAGAUCCUGGACGAUGGGACUUGCCCAACCUGCCACAAUAAGCCCUCUACAGAAGCUCAUUAUUCCUCUGCCUUACUUUACAUCGCACGAGAAAAUAACAAUUUCAAUGAAAUAAGAAUCUUCCAGGACAAUCUAAUGAAACUUUUUCCUGACAUACCCACAAAUGACAGUGCUGCAAUGAUGACACAUAUGAAAAGUGCAGUUCCUGUGUCUGCAAAGGGCCGCUUCACCCGAACAGGACUUGAAAUUCUCUCAACCAAAAGAAAACAGUGCUCAUGACUUUCAUAUAUGUAACCCUUCUAAACCCAACCUGCCAUAGAACUAAUCACUGAUAAGCCCCUUCACUGCCGUAGAACUUUUGAUAUCUUGUGUUUUUUAAUCAUAUCUUAUCAGGGAUAGUGUUAAAUGUGCUAAAGCUAAUUAGUUGUUUAUUUAUCUUAUAAUACAUUGCGUGAUAGUUAAAUAGUAAGAAUUAAGCUUUUCAGAGAUAUAAAACUUAUUUACAUUAAUUCAUCUAUAAGCUACAUCCUAUGAAUCAAAUAAGUACAGUCAAUAACAAAAAGGGAUACACUUUAUGCAGCAUAUUUAAUUCAAGCAUCAUUAAAUCAUUUCGUUUCAUAUUUUUAGACCAAACUGAUGUCAUCUUAUUUAUACUUUCUAAUUGAAAACCUCUGUUGAUGAAUAAAAUAAUUGUAUUCAAUACAAGAAUGAGGCAAUAUAAUCAGGCAUCCCCAAAAUGUUAAUCACAUGAGUGUUUUCUUUUUUCAUUUAUGUAUAUAAACAUUUCUUGUUCAUUUAUUUUCUUAACCUGCCUUUUACCUGUACACCUUUUUCCACAUCAUCUUAUUGUUGUUAUAACACAAUGAACUUACAAACACUAUGUAUCCUUGUACAUUAUAAUGCUACUAUUUCCUUUUCUUAUUGAUAAUCUAGAAUUUUAUGCCAUCUAAUAUAGCCUAGCAUAUUCCAUGUCAAGUCUAUUUUUAUGGUGGAUUUAAAUCAAGUGUUAGAUUAUUUCAUACUGCAUUAACAUCUAGUGUUUACAAUCUUUAUUGCUUCAAGUAGCCUUCUUAUGAUGUUUUGUUGCAUCUUAAAAAAAAUAAUUCUGUAAGUAUUGGUGUACAUAAUGUAAAUACAAUUGUUGCUGUUCUUGAUAUUUCAAAUACAUGUUAUUGAUAACAAAUCAAAAAUUUAAAGUACCUUUUUCAAAUAAAACAAUAAUUGGAUUUUUUUCAGUACAAUGUUGAUUUGUGAGUCAUUUAUGCUCAAGUCCAUGCUCAUAUUUUUUUAACUGUUUAUGCUCUUUAAAAUGUCAAUACAUUUGUUGUUGUUUGUUAUUGUUUUUUUUUUCAUGUAUGUUUAUGAAACAUUUAUUUUUUGUUCUGUUGUUGUUAUAACAUUAUGAUAUUAUACAUUAUAAUGCUAGUAUUUUCUUUUCUAAUUAAUAAUCUAAAUAUGUUAUUGAUAACAAUUCAAAAAUUUAAAGUACCUUCUUCAAAUAAAACAAUAUUUGUACUUUUCAGUACAAUGUUGAUUUGUGAGUCAUUUAUGCUCAAGUCCAUGCUUAUAUUUUUUUAACUGUUUAUGCUCUUAAAAAAGUCAAUACAUUUGUUGUUGUUUUGUUUUUUCAUGUAUGUAUAUGAAACAUCUAUUUUCUGUUCUGUUGUUGUUAUUACAUUAUGAUAUUUUACAUUAUAAUGCUAGUAUUUUCUUUUUUAAUUCAUAAUCUAAAUUUUAUGCCAUCUUAUUUAGCCUAGCAUUUUCAAAUUUGUUCUUAGUUCUAAUGUAAUGGUGAAUUUCAAACAAGUAUUACAUUAUUUUAUACUACAUUAGAAACUAGUUGUCGUCAAUAUUUAUCACUUCUGUAAGCAUCUUAUGACAUAUUGUUGCAUUUAAAAAAAUAAUGAGCAUUUGCUCUUUGGUGUACAUAAUGUAUAUAAAUAUUUGAUUGUGCUUUACCUCAGAUCAGUAUUAUUGCUUAAAUUAUUUUAAAAAGCAUAAUUACCAUUGUUUAUCACAUGCAAUUUCUCACUCAUUUUAAAUCCUCUCAUGGUUUCGCAAAACAUAUUUGGUUUCAUUGUAUUUUACAAACAAUUACAUCAUUGAACCAUUGCCUAACUACAAGGACUUCCAACAUGUUUCAUUGUAAAUUAAAGUUUUUUUUAUUUCAAUGUGUCAUUGAUAUCUUAAAUGUCUUGUACUUCAGUGCAAACAUUUCACAUUGCUAAUGUUUGUGUUUCUCUUAUUCUGUUCAAUCAUUUGUGUGCUUUAUUGCUUUCACAGCUUCUGUGUUACUGUUCACAAACAAAGUUCAUAACCAAGACACAUUUUAAAGUAAAUGUCAUAUCUUCUCAAACUUUUUAAACAUUAUGUUCUGUGCAUGCAAUAAACCUCUCAAACCCA